AUGGCAAGACUAGGGUUCGGGGUGAGUUUGUUGAUCAGCGUGAUGAUUAUUCUGAAAUCAGUUGAUGGACAGGGGUACGGAGGUGAUACAUGGAACAGUGCACAUGCAACAUUUUAUGGGGACGAUAGUGGCCAAGCUGCAGACAUGGGAGGGGCUUGUGGGUAUGGGAAUUGGAUUGCAAGCAAUUAUGGGACGGAUACUGCAGCUCUGAGCACAACACUGUACAACAAUGGCUUUGCUUGUGGAUCUUGUUUCCAAAUUCAAUGUGUUGAUUCUAAAUAUUGCAAUGUAUACUCGCCAAUCACCACAGUGACCGCCACAAACCUUUGCCCACCAAACUGGUCCAAAGACUCCAAUGCUGGGGGUUGGUGCAACCCACCUAGGACUCAUUUCGACAUGUCUAAGCCCGCCUUCAUGAAAAUUGCCAAUCAUGUUGGUGGUAUUGUUCCUGUUAACUACCGUAGAGUUCCAUGCAAGAGGGAUGGAGGGCUAAGGUUUUCAUUCCAAGGGAAUGGUUAUUGGCUAUUGGUGUAUGUGAUGAAUGUUGGAGGAAGUGGAGAUAUUGCAAGCAUGUCUGUUAAAGGAAGCCAAAGUAAUGAAUGGAUAAGCAUGAGCCACAACUGGGGUGCUUCUUAUCAAGCUUUUUCAACGCUAAAAGGACAGUCUCUCUCCUUCAAGAUCACCAGUUACACAACAAAGCAAACUGUCGUAGCAAUCGAUGUAGCACCAUCUACCUGGACUACUGGUGUUACUUAUCAAUGUAACAAAAAUUUUCAUUAGCUACUUAUUAACUGGCCAAGCUAUUGUCUUCAUAUAUGGUUUCCUAAUUACUAUUAUUAGUAUUGUAUUUGUUAAUCUAAUUCUCUCUCUCCCUCUCUGUCUGUCUCUCUUCUCUCAUGGAGAGUUGUAUGAUGUUUCUCUGUAUAGAUCUCUUGGAUGUCAAUUUAAAGGAGACUAGGCCACAGUUGUUUACUGGAUAUUGUUGUAGUUUGCUUGAUAGAAACAUUUGCAAAUCCCAAUCAGAGAGUCCAAGGGCCGGGACAA